AUGACCCAAACACUUAGAGAAGCAACAACGACUGAUGGCUCUCAAGAUCAAGAAAAUCCAGCCAGUCAUGUAUACAAGAAGAGCGGCCCGCGACUGGCCCACCGAAAAUCCCGAAACGGAUGCCAGCGAUGCCGCGCUCGUAGGGUAAAGUGUGAUGAAGCGCAUCCAGUAUGCCGAGACUGUCAUAGACAUGGGGUGGCCUGCCUCUAUGACAGGUCAGAAGGCCAACGUCCUACCGCUCAAACUGAACCGCAACGCAGCUCCGCACCUUCUCCUUCUUCCCAUCCCUCGCAGAUAGCAUUGGCUGGCAAUCAUGAAGCUGCUACAGCGGCUGCAACCACAGAAUUAUGCAGUCCCCCACGGUGGGAAGGUGGAUAUCAUGCGUACACGGAGCUGCGUCUCCUGCAUCAUUUCACCAUAGGAACUAGCCUCACCUUGCCUGGAGCCCAUCUCCAGAGCAUUAAAGACUGCUGGUCAAUUGAGGUUCCCAAACUAGCCUUUGUCUACAAACCACUGCUGUAUGCCAUUUUUGCAAUCUCUGCCCUGCAUCUUUACAGGAGCAAGUCAAACGAGACGGCCUUGAUCGGAGUUCGAGCAGUCUAUCUAGAGCGGGCUUUGCGAGACCACAGAGUGUGCGUGGGAAAUAUAGAUACAAUGAUUGCCGACGCAGCGUGCUUUACAUGCAUUCUCUUACUUAUCGACGCGUUUACGUCUUUGCAGGAUCGUCCUCUUGACCCAUACAGACCGCCGAUGGAAUGGAUGCAAUUGGUCAGAGGCUCGGUAUCGGUAUUCGAUGCUGCGCUCAGCGCCAUUCAAGGGAGCGAAACAGCUAGAAUCUUUUCUAUCAUUCAUUCGGCGCCUUCAUUAACGGACCCGAGCUUUACCGUUGGCACAUGCGGUUGCGGCCAUUUCUCCUAUUUGCUGCCAUCCGAAGACUUUGGUGCGGGGGACGGCAAACAAUUACGGCCCCCGAAACUGGAGGUAUACAGGUCGACAGUGGCUUACAUCAACUCCAUUUGGCUCGCUAUAGAAGCACGGGAGCAUCCGGCAAUGAUAUGUCGACGUCUCAUGGUGUUUCCCUUGGUUGUUUCCCAAGAAUUCCUUCAGUUACUCCAGGAGAUGGAGGGCCGUGCUCUGGUAAUUCUAGCUCAUUACUUUGCGCUUUCGGCUACAUUGACCGAUAUCUGGUGGAUCGGUCACACUGCACAUAGGGAAGUUCUCGCCAUUGAGAAAAUGGUCAAUGGGCAAUGGGUAACCUCAAUGUCAUGGCCUCUCACGACAGUUGCUUCGCAUUGCAGAAUAUGUACAAAAAGCUAA